AUGACAAGUCUGUAUCAGACUUACAUCGAGGCGAUCCAGGAUGAGUGCUUCAUCCACAAACUCGAGCAGUUGCAUAUGGUACAUGGAAACGUGGUUCGCACAGGCCCCAAUGAGAUACACUUCAGCGACCCCUCUACGUACCUGGAGAUCUACAACAUGAGCAGCCGCUGGGACAAGGAUCCGAGACUCUACCACAACACUGGUGAGGUAGACUCAUCGUUCGGUAGACUCGGUUAUGAGGCUGCCAAGGAGAGGAGAGAUGUCCUACAGAGGUUCUUCUCCAAGCAGGCUGUCAUCAAAUCACAGGGUCUAAUUGAUUCCAAGGCAUGCAUCAAAGCAUCAACCACAAUGAGCAAGCUGAUUUCUGGUCUAUUCUUUGGGAAGUCGAUUGGGGCGAUAAGCUCCGAUAACUUUGAGGAACCAUUGCUACAAGCAUUGGACGGAAGCCAGCGCGUUUUCUUGCUGAUGAAGCACUUCCCCGUUUUAACUGUCAUCCUCGAGAAGUGUCCGGGGUGGCUAAGCAGGCUCCUUGCUCCAGCAACCAACGUGCUACUUGAUUUCCAGGAGACAGAAUCUCAGCCUCAAUUACCACCCCACACCACAACCAUACUGCAACACUUGCUAAGCCCUCAAUCGUACCCUGACGGAGUUGUUCCCACGAGCGCUCAGAUCUAUGAAGAAACUCAAACGCAGAUAUUCGCUGGCACAGAUACAACUGGAAUCACCUUGAUGUAUGGGACCUUUUGCCUGUUACGCUCCCCAAAGUCCUAUUACAAACUGAAGCAAGAGUUGCGCACAUCAUGGCCUGAUCCAAGCGAAACCCCGACUUUUGUUGUUCUUGAGAAGAUGCCAUAUCUGAACGCAGUAAUCAAGGAAUCGCUCAGAAUUGCUUCCGUGGCGACCGGCACCCUUCCACGAGUCGUGCCCCCUUCCGGUGCAAAAAUCGCCGGACACUUUAUCCCGGGAGGCACUGUGGUUGGCAUGAGCAGUCAUUUUGUCCACCAUAAUGAGGCCGCCUUUGAACAAGCAGACGAAUUCAUUCCAGAACGAUGGCUGCAAGAAGGGAGCACAGAUCUUCAGAAAUUUUUGGUCCCUUUUUCGCGCGGCCCUCGGAGCUGCCCUGCUCAAAGUCUUGCAUGGGCAGUGCUGCGAACAAGCUUCGCGCAUGUCUACCGCAAGUUUGAUCUUGAGCUAGAUAAAUCCAGUCCCGAGAAACUCCAAUGGAAGGACAGAUUUGUGGCGGUAUAUCACGUACCGCCCGCGCGAGCUCAUUUCCUUCCUGUGGCCGAUUAA